CCUAUAAAAAGCUCUCAAUAAAAAUCCAUCGCCAGUUUCCCAAGCUUCCAAUAUCACUCUUCCAUGGAGAGAAAGAAGCCUUGCAUAGCCAUGGUUCCGGCUCCAGGCUUUAGCCAUCUCCUUCCACUUAUUGAAUUCUCAAAACGACUCGCCGUUCAUCAACCUCACUUCCACUUCAUCUUCUUCAUCCCUACACUUGGCCCACCUUCUCCAAUUACGAUUUCCAUCUUGGAAUCUGCCCCGCCACACAUGGACUUCACUAUUCUUCCUCAAGUCAACGUGGAAGACCUCAAAGAUGAAGACACACCAACACAAAUUUACAACACUUUGACACUCUCUCUUCCAUCUCUUCGUCAUGCUUUGAGCUCAUUUGAUUCUCCAACUUAUCACCUUGUUGCUAUGGUUGUUGAUUUCUUCUCAAUGGAUGCAAUAGACAUAGCGAAAGAACUCAAACUCAAGUCAUAUGUUUUAUAUCCUUCCUCAACGACUUCACUAUGUUUGUGCCUCCAUUUUCCAGAGCUUGAUGAGGAUCAUGAGAUGGUUCCUACCGGGUUCCGAGACUUGUCCCAACCCUUGAAACUCCCAGGUUGCAUAAGCUUUCAAGGAAAGGAUCUCCCAGAUCCAUUCCUAGAAAGAUCGAGUGGAGGCUACAAAACAAUUGUUCAAGCAUGCAAACAACUUCGUUUAACAGAUGGUAUCCUAGCGAACAGCUUCGUAGAUCUGGAACGAGAGGUAGCACUAGCUCUACAGGAAAGUGAUAACCAUCCUUUGGUUUAUCAUGUAGGGCCUAUUAUACAGACAAUGUCGACAAGCAUAGAUGAGUCCAAUUCAAAGUGUUUAACAUGGUUGGGAAAUCAACCACGAAACUCAGUUCUAUACGUCUCUUUUGGGAGCGGCGGAACAUUAUCACAAGAGCAGCUUGAUGAGCUAGCCUUUGGGUUAGAGAUGAGUGGCCAUAAGUUCUUGUGGGUCUUGAGGGCUCCCAGUGGAGUGGCCAAUUCGGCUUAUUUGAGCGCACAAAAGGAGGACCCCCUCGACUUCUUGCCCAAAGGGUUUCUAGAGAGAACCAAAGGUCAAGGCUUUGUGGUCCCAUCAUGGGCCCCACAGGUAGAAGUUUUGAAACAUGAAUCUACUGGUGGAUUUUUGACUCAUUGUGGUUGGAACUCAACGCUUGAGGCUAUCGUUUACGGCAAGCCAACGAUAGUGUGGCCAUUAUUUGCAGAGCAAAGGAUGAAUGCUGUGAUGCUAACAGAACAAUUUAAAGUUGCAGUGAGGCCGAAAGGUGAUGAGAAUAAGAAUGGGAUUGUAAUGAGAGAGGAAGUUGCUAGAGUUGUGAAAAUGUUAAUGGAAGGUGAUGAAGGCAGAGAACUUCAAACAAAAAUUCAAGUGUUUAAAGAUGCUGCUGCUAAAGCUCUAAGCGAAGAUGGUUCUUCUACGAGGACGCUAUCUCAUUUAGCACAAGAAUGGACAAAUUUCAUUGGCAAGUAGAAAAUUUUAUGACUUCAACUUAUUGGCAAUAGUUUUAAUGAUCAUUUGGAUGCCUUUCAUUGUGUCAACCUAUUGAUGUUGUUGCAUAUCUCUUGACGAGCUGCUUUUCCAGUGUUGCCCUCAGUUUCGUGUCUCUGAAAUCCAUAUAAAUGGUGUGUAUUUCCUUGUGAGUUGAAAAUAAAUGUAUCUAUAAUUCGUGUCCAUAUGUU